UAUAUUUACCUCCGUCUGAGAUCAAAGCGGUUAAAAGUCACUUUUGGUAUUUUGACAAAUAUUCGUUGAAGUUUCCAGUAGAUUGUUUGAUCUUGUUUGGAAUGUCUCUUGCAUGUGUCUAGGUACAAACCACAUAACGUAAUGUAAUCGUUUAAUGGUGACAGUGGUAGCCUAAGUCACAAGCAGUUCGAAAACCACAUGCAAAACAGAAUAAACUCAUUUGUGAGUUCUUUUUUUAUGACGAUGGACUAUGAAUAGUCAAGUACUAUAUUGUUGACUGUGCGUGAACCUUUACACACAAGGAAGUCUGGGCUAAAUGUUCUCCCGAAGAUCCGGGUCACUGUGUGUCAGUCUAAUAAGACAAGUCAAUCCGUGGGCACGGACGACAGAUUUCCUGGUAGGAAAGUGUUUGACAGUCGCCAUGGCGGGGAGACAGCAACCAAGUUCAGACAUGGCAGCAUUCCGUAAGGAUUUUGCAAAGGCGAAACACAUAGUUGUGUUAACUGGGGCCGGAGUGAGUGCAGAGAGCGGUGUCCCCACGUUCAGGGGAGCAGGAGGCUUCUGGAGGAAGUACCAAGCUCAGGACCUGGCAACCCCUGAAGCAUUUCAGGAGAACCCUUCUCUGGUGUGGGAGUUCUACCAUUACAGACGAGAAGUCAUGCUGAGCAAAAGCCCUAAUGCGGCUCACAUAGCUAUAGCGGAAUGCGAGAAGCGCCUGGCAUUACAAGGGCGUCGUGUAGUUGUCAUUACACAGAACAUCGAUGAGCUCCACAGAACCGCAGGGACACAGAAUAUACAAGAACUGCAUGGAUCGUUAUUCAAGACACGAUGCACCAAAUGUAGUGAUGUGGCUGUGAACAGAGACAGUCCCAUUUGUGAAAGCUUGAGAGGCAAAGGUGCACCAGAGCCUGAGGUGUCUGAAGCCCGAAUACCUGUUGAUCAGCUUCCAAAGUGUAAAAAGUCUGGUUGUGGUGGACUACUGAGGCCACACGUGGUUUGGUUCGGGGAAUCACUGAACAGGAAUGUCCUGGAACAGUCUGGAGACGAGUUGGACAAGUGUGACCUUUGUCUGGUGGUUGGGACCUCUUCGGUUGUGUAUCCAGCAGCGAUGUUUGCCCCGCAGGUUGCCGGAAGGGGCGUACCAGUGGCUGAGUUCAACAUGGAGAGUACCCCAGCAACAUCGUCAUUUGGAUACCAUUUUGAGGGCCCUGCUGGGACUUUCGUACCCCAAGCUUUGGCCAGACAUGAGAGUGAGCCAAUGUAGAUGGAACAGACCCGUGACCUUGAAGAUAAGAUAAUGAACACCUCUGGCAAGACAACCUGCUGAUCUUAUCAGUCCUUUCUUUCAGAAAACAAUUUUUCGCCAGCUUGCAGUAGCUGUUUAUUAGCACAAUUUAAAAAAACCUCUUCUUCUCCUGUUAGGAAUUA